GUCCGAGAGACUGCCGGAAGUGGGGCAUGCGGGGCCGCCGGAAGUGAGGACGUUGUUGUGUCACCUGGUUUGUGUUCCCCCUGCUGCCGGUCACAUGUGUAGGAGACGCUGACCCUGGUGAGGUGAUAAUAUCUACAGAGACGCAGGAACCGCAGAUAACAGCCAAUGUUUCGCCGCGCCGCCACACAGAUUUUCCGGCAGUCCGUCCGGUUUCAGACCAAUGAGUCAGGGGUUCUGGAAAGAUCCCUGAACCGGGUCCAGAUAUUGGGCAGAGUCGGCCAAGACCCGGUAAUGAGACAAGCCGAAGGCAAGAACCCGGUGACCAUCUUCUCAGUAGCCACAAACGAAUUAUGGAGGACGGGGGAGAGCGAGGUGUUCCAGACAACGGGAGACGUCAACCAGAAGACCACUUGGCACAGGGUCUCCGUUUUCCGCCCAGGGCUCAGAGAUGUUGCUUAUCAGCAUGUCAAGAAAGGGGCUCGGAUUUACGUGGAAGGAAAAAUCGACUACGGUGAAUACGUUGAUAAGAACAAUGUCCGCAGACAGGCCACAACCAUCAUCGCAGACAACAUCAUUUUCCUGAGUGACCUGCGGGAGCGGAUUUGAUGUCUUUCUGCGGGGGAGGGGGUCAUCCUGUAUAUAAGACUGUUAGGAUCUUAGUGUUUCAUGGGGGACGUUUUCUUUGUAUAUUCUUAAGGAAAUAAAAUGUUUUCUAAGAA